AUGACAGAUCUAAUUAUUUCAGACUGUCAUAAAAACGAUUUAAAGUUUCUUCAAGGGAAAUCUCAAAAUAGUAACCUUCAAAUUGAUGUUAAGCAAGUUCAAUCUAUAGUUGAGGGUUUAGCUCAUUUAUUUGUAGAAGCUGGAAAAUUCAAGCUCACCAAAACUGCAUUCGAAGAAGUUAUUUUAAAUUUGGGUUUACCUGACAAUGUAAUAGAAAUUAUUUAUAAUGAAUAUUUGUUACAAACUAAAGUAAUAGACUUUGGAUUGUCUACAAUAGAAAUUCAGCAUUUACAAUAUAAAAACAUUGAUUGGAGGUUUGAUAUACAAGUAAGUAUAGUGAUGAAUAAAUUAAUGUAA